AUGCCUUCUGUGGUCCUGAUCUCCAGCGUUCAAAUUUUUCUGUCCAUCUGCGAAAGACACGCUCCUACGCAGCAGAGCUUCCGAAAGGCACUAUCGUCCACUAUGAGCACAAGAACUUCCAGCGACGCUUCGGAGAGCACACUUCAAGGGCAGCAGAGUGAAGAGAAGGUGCCGUUCAUUGACCAAGAAUGGAGACCGACAGCAUUGCCCUCCAGAGAACGACCGAGUUUGCUCAGAAGAAUAGUACCAUAUCUUGCACUCGCAACAGCGAACCUUGUCUUCUUGCUUCUCAUAUCGAAGUUGCUGGAACAGCGCUACAUUCACGGGCCAAACAUUGUAUACAGUAAGAGUCCUUCGUUGGGAGCUUGA